AUGGCUUCCGACGACAAGCAUAAGCAUCAUGAGUCUCUGGCUUUUGACCAGGAAAAUGGUUUCCAGAUUGUUGUCGAUGCAGCUGCUGAGCGAUCUUACUUGCGCAAGAUGGAUGCAUGGCUCCUUUCAUACCUGAGCGUCAUGUACUUUUUCAAUGCUGUUGACAGAAGUAACCUGGGAAAUGCCGAGACAGAUGGAAUGAGCAAAGACCUCAACUUCAAGGGCGAAGAGUUCUCACUUUUAAUUCUCCUCUUUUAUGUUCCAAAUGGUCUCUGCGAUCUCCCACUCAACCUACUUCUAAAGAGGUUCUCUGGUAGAAUCAUGUUGCCAUCCCUCAUGGUCGGCUGGGGUUCCAUGGCCUUGUUGCAAGCUGCCUGUAAGAACUUUGCAGGGAUGUUGGCCAUCCGUCUCUUGUUGGGUGCUUUCGAAGCUGGUUUCUUUGCUGGUGCUGUCUUUUAUCUUACUCUAUUUUACCAGCGUGGCGAGCUCGGCUUUCGAAUUGCCAUAUUCUUUGGUAGUGCGCUGCUUGCUAGUGCUUUCUCAGGUCUCAUCUCGUUUGGCGUCUUUCAGAUCAAGGUCUCUCACGUUCAUGGUUGGAUGUGGUUAUUCAUAAUCGAAGGUACAAUGACUGUGUGUUUGGGAGUUCUCGCAUUUUGGUGGCUUCCUGCCGACCCGCAAAGUGCCUGGUUUUUGACAGAAGAAGAGAAGCACGUUGCGAGGCAAAGAGCUCUACGCGAUGGCAGCGGAGUUAUUGGCGAAGAAUUCAAUAUCAAAGAAUGCUUCAAGUGCUGGAACAGCUGGAAAUUCGCUGUCUGGUGUGUCAUCAGCUUGACAUACCCCGUUGCCUUUUCCACCACCUCCAAUUUCCUGCCGCUUAUUAUCCGUCGUUUAGGAUAUAACACAGUCAUCACAAAUCUUCUGACUGUGCCUCCCAACGUUGCAGGAUUCCUGGUUCUUCUCGCGGUUACCUGGAGCUCCGAUCGCAACAGAGAAAGAACACUGCAUAUCGUGGGCAGCCUGUCCACAAGCCUCGUUGGCUUACUCAUCCUUGCUAUCAUUGAUGCUGAAGCGCAUAUUGCAGUGGCUUACUUCGCCUGUUUUAUGCUAUGUGCUGGGGCAUAUAUCCCGAGUUGCCUAGUUCACAGCUGGCACAACAACAACAAUCUCAGCGAGAACUCACGAGCAGCAACGACUGGUCUGCUCGUAGGUCUGGGCAACCUCGGUGGCAUUCUAUCCGCUGGAACCUUCAGAACUACUUAUGCACCUCGCUAUGCACCAACCCUGAUUGGAACAGCGGCUUGCAAUGUCACCUGCAUUGUUUUCACAUUGGGAUUGGGAUUCUGGAUGAGAAAGCAGAACCGUACCAAGAACGAGGCACAAGGUGUUGAACUAAAGGCUGAAGAUGUUGCUACUUCAGAAAUCACCCACGGUGAACAAGAUCCACGUUGGAGGUACUUUGUGUGA